AUUAGGUAUCUUUUGUUCAUUGUUCUGUACGUUGUACAUGUAGUUGCAUUUGGAAGAAUUCACAUUGCCAUUGUCCAACAAGUGCAGCCUAGGUACGUGGCAUAGACUACGUGCAAUAGUUUCAGACAUCUCUGCUCCAGGACAGGGUCAACUCUAACAUCAUGAUAGCCAAUGGUAAACCGAAAGUAAACGUCGAAGGCGGAAAGCUGGCUAAGAAAUUUCCGAAAAACAUUCUCUCUAAGAUCAAGACCUGGCACAUUUUCCUAAGUCUUGGCUUGUUCUCAGUGGUCCUCGGUUACAUCAGUGUCGCCCCUCCUACUGACCUCCCCAGCUGGCCCCUUUAUCGUCUUAACUCCAAAGUGUGGCAAUCAUUCGAAAACUGGGGAAAGCAUGUGAAACCAUACCAUAUCCGCGUCAUGACUACAGCCGUUCAGCAUUUGGAGUCCCGUGCUCUAUACAUGAUCACUUAUCUCAACGUACCCGAUAUUCUGCAUAGAGUGGAAAAACCACUCUCUUGCGAAGAACUGAAAGAACUGGUCGACCAAGAAUCAGGUCUGGAGCCAAUUAGCCUGCCAUUUCUCUGUCGGAUUUUGCACGCCGCAUCGCAUUUUGACAUCUUACAAGAGGCUCACGAACACAAGUAUGACCUCACCCCUCUAAGUCAGUACCUUGUGGCCAGUCACCCAAGGAGCUUGAAACACUAUGUCCUACUGUACGCUGGAGAUGAGUCACUGGUUAUCAGCACAGCCCUCUCACGCAGUUUGUACUCUGGAUUGUCGGGCUUCAAGGAAACUUACCGUAAGGAGCUACUACCUCAAUUGAAGGAAGACCCGGUAUUCAGAGAGAUCUAUGAUCGUGGCUUGGGGGACAGUUCUAGGUUGCAUGCACCGGCUAUAAUUGCUGACUACCCUCCGUUCAGCUCAUGCAAGCACAUCUGCGAUAUCGGAGGUGGAAUGGGUUCUUUCUUGCACGAGGUACUGACGUACUAUGCUCACGGCAUUGAAGGAACUAACUUUGAUCUUCCUGAUGUGAUUACAAAUGCAAAGGGCUUCUUAAAAGGCAAGGCAGAUGGUGCUAAAAUCAAUCUGAUUGCUGGCAACUUCACAAAACAGCUCCCCAAAACAAGUUGUGAUUGCUUCAUCUUGAAGGACAUACUACAAAACUGGUCUGAUGAAGAUGCUGCUCUCAUUCUGAGCAAUCUGUAUGGAGUGGUGAACAAGGGCAAUCGAGUGCUUGUCAUUGAGACUAUCCUACACACUGGCAGCUUCUCUGAGGAAAGGCUGAAGUCUCUAAUGGACCUAACAAUGAUGGCAUUCAACCCCUCCCACUCACGUCUAAGAACUGAGGAAGAAAUUUACUUUCUUCUAGAACAGAGUGGAUUUGUGGAGGCUCAGACUUACCCCACUAGAGCUGGCUAUUCCAUAGUAGAAGCAUUUCCAACAAAAUCGUAGCUUUUAGGGACUUUAAAUCAAUUUUUUUGACAAUCACUAUAAUAUAUAGAUUAAUUGUGGCCUGCUUAAUAAUUAUUAAUGCAAUGAUUUUUUUUGA